UACAUUUGCUUGGAAUUGAGUUUUCCCUUGAUAUUUUUCAUAAUUACAUUCAAUUCGAGCCAAUAUGUGGAAGCUGCAGGCCCUGGUGGUGCAGCUCCUGCUGCUGGGCUCCCUGCUUAGCACCUAUUUCCAGCCGACCCAGUUGCCGGGGCUGGUUCCACAGAAGACUAUGAGCGAGUUGGGCUACAAGGCGCCGGCAGACCGACUGGUUGUCUUUCUGAUAGACGGACUAAGUGCUGAAACCUAUCUGGCGAAUAAUGGCAGUAACGUGCCGGACUUACGGGAUUUGUUCCGGGAGCGUGGCCGAAUGGCCAUCUCUCAUAGUAGUGCUCCGACGAUGACGCGAACCGGACACAUAGCCAUUUUCGGAGGGCUGCAUGAGGAUCCUUCUACUGCGCUAGUUUAUUACAACUACAAUCCCUUGAACUUUGACACCGUCUUCAAUCGCAGUCGCACUACCAUUGGCUGGGUCCACAGGUACGUUAACACUUUCUUCAAGAACCUGCCCCACGGAGGUGCCCCGCUUCGGUUCACUCUUUACUCAGAGUCUAGCACCGGGCGUCUCAAAUGCGAUAGCUUUGUGUACCGCAAGGUGUCCGAAUAUUUGAGCAACGCUGACAAUGUCCAGGAGUUGCGAAUUACCAAGCCAGUUGUACUUUUCCUCUAUUUGCCCGACAUGGAUAUAGUCGGUCACCGAUACACGUCCACAAAACCGCAGUACUACGAGAAGCUACUCCACACACAGAGGGGUGUUCGACGCACCUAUGAGCUUAUUGAACGGAUCUUCAAUGACGGCAGGACAUCCUAUUUGAUGACCGCCGAUCAUGGCCAAACCAAAUAUGGAUACCACGGCCACGGCAGCAAAUUGGAGACGGAGACACCCCUUCUUCUCUGGGGAGCUGGUGUGAAGCGUCCUGCCGUCAACUCCAGUGGAAUCUUUCCGACCAGGGACAACAUUGCCCAGAUGGAUCAGAUUCAGCUGGCUUCACUCAUGUCGGCCCUGAUAGGCCUGCCGCCUCCGAUGAACAACCUUGGAAUAAUUCCAGACGGGUACCUUGAUGUGAGCGCUCCGUACGAGGCCAUGAUCCUCCACUUGAAUGCCUUGCAGAUCCUGGAGCAGGCCAAAAUCCUGAUACGGCGACACGAAAACGCGAUCUUCUACGAGUGGUUGCCCUACUUCUGGGAACUGAGCUUGGAAAAGAUCGCAAACUACUCGGCUGAAGUUAAAGCACUCAUGAAGGAGGGAAAGCCGGAGGUGGCUAUCAAAAUCAGCCGGAAUAUGGCCAAACUGGCCCAAAAGUGCAUAGGAUACUACACGGACUACUACAAAUUCCCUUUGCUGGUGGCCACCUCUGCAUCCUACUUAAUUUGGAGCCUCUGUAUGCUGCUACAACUGACGCGGCUGUCGAUGGAGGAGAAGGAGCAUCGUGAAGGAUACCUGAAGUGGCCAACCCUGAUCGCAGUCCUCCUGGGACUUAUGGCGGUAUCGGUAGUGCUCCUACAGAACGUGCCUCUCAUCACGGCCUUCUACUUGCUGCUGCCAGUUGGCCUAUCAAUUAUGGCCCUGGCUGAGCGCGGUGAUCAAGGCAACUUGAUAAACGUACCCAUUUCGCACCUGGCCUUCAUCCUGCUUCCGGCUGGUUUGCUGGUUUUGAUGACUUUCACCUACCAGCACUUGGCCGUGCUGUAUGCUGUCCUGGUGUGUCUGCACAAUCGGCGGGCCUUCUGGAAGCCCUCGAUUAAGUUCUUCUUGUGGCUAUUCAUGGUUGUGUUGAUGAGCGGUGGGCUGUUUCUGCAGCAUAACCCAAGCAAGAGGAUUGAUGUUCUUUCGGUUCAAAACAAUUACCCAUUGCACAUGGGCAUGCUCCUUGCUGUAGUGCGUCCAGUGUUUCUAGGACAUCGUCACGAGCCCCUUGUCUGGAUCAUCAAUAUUAUUACUUUGCUUUUGGGAGCCUACGGAGUCUACCAGUUCGAGGCCAACGAUCCUGUCUGGAACUACGUUAAGGCCACCUCCUGGUCCUUCCUGGUCUUUGCUUUCCUGUCGAUCCCGUACUUUAGCGAUAAGCUGUCGACCGCCAAGAGCCGGCUGGAGCUGAUCACCUUGAACAUGGUUACUCUGAUUUGCUUGCUCUCCAACAGUUGGGGAGCAUUGCUGAUUCAAAUAUUGAUUACGGAAUUGGUUUUCGGUGUGGAACUUUAUGAGGAGAGUAAGCAGGUGAAGGACAAAGAUGAGAAGGACGUUGUGGAGAAGGAGGAGCUGGAGGAGGAAAUGGGCUACAAUCCUGAGAGAUACUUGAAGCAAUCAUACCGCUAUGCAUUCGCUGUUCUUCUGUACUUCUAUGUGGCCUUCGUUGCUGCCGGCCACUGGGUGUGGAGCUUCCAGUUCGCACCCACCACGGCGCGCCUCUUUUAUAGCAACAUAGCGAUGUUUUUGUCUGGCAGCUUCGUCAUUCUAAAGAUUAGCUUGCCUGUCGUGAUCUUAUUCGCGACUCUGUAUGCUCUGGUUCCCUUUGCCCGUCACAAUUCAAGAUCCAUUAUGACGUGCCUCUUACUCAUCAGCAAUGUGAUGAGCAUGUACUUCUGCUAUUUCGUAGGAAACCAAGGAAGUUGGGGUACCUUACGCCGCUCCAUGGACAAACUUAUGGUAUGCAAUGUUGUGACUGUGAUACUCCUGGCCAGCUCCUGCCUCGCCAAGUUUUUCCUCCGAAAUACCACAAUGGGAAAAGAUAAGUCUUGUCUUCCUGAGAAAGAAAAUAAGAGUGCCACUUCUUCUGAUGAAAAUGUUUCAGUAUGA